AUGUCGGACGGCCCCGUUAAGCCUCCCAAGCCCGCCGUGGUGCACGAGGCCCACGAAGUCGACACAUUCCAUGUCCCCCAGGCAUUCCACGAUAAGCAUCCCACCGGCACUCACCUCAAGGAUCUAGACGAGUACAAGAAGCUCUACGAUGAAUCAAUCCGCAGCCCCGAUACCUUCUGGGCCCGCAUGGCCCGCGAGCUCCUCACAUUCGACAAAGACUUCCAAACCACACACCACGGCUCAUUCGAGAAUGGCGACAACGCCUGGUUCGUCGAGGGUCGGCUGAACGCUUCGUUCAACUGCGUGGAUCGCCACGCCCUGAAGAACCCAGACAAGGUCGCCAUUAUCUACGAAGCCGACGAGCCCAACGAGGGUCGCCAGAUUACCUACGGAGAGCUGAUGCGCGAGGUGUCGCGCGUGGCCUGGACGCUCAAGGAGCGUGGUGUCAAGAAGGGUGACACCGUCGGAAUCUACCUGCCCAUGAUUCCCGAGGCUGUGAUCGCCUUCCUGGCCUGCUCCCGCAUUGGCGCUGUCCACUCCGUCGUCUUCGCCGGUUUCUCCUCCGACUCCCUCCGGGACCGUGUCCUAGACGCCUCCACCAAGGUGGUCAUCACAUCCGACGAGGGCAAGCGUGGCGGCAAGGUCAUUGGAACCAAGAAGAUCGUCGACGAGGCCAUGAAGCAGUGCCCCGACGUCCACACCGUGCUGGUGUACAAGCGCACCGGCGCCGAGGUCCCCUGGACCGCCGGCCGUGAUAUCUGGUGGCACGAGGAGGUCGAGAAGUACCCCAACUACAUUGCCCCGGAGCCCGUCAGCUCCGAGGACCCCCUGUUCUUGCUGUACACCUCCGGCUCGACGGGCAAGCCCAAGGGUGUGAUGCACACCACUGCCGGAUAUCUGCUGGGAGCCGCCAUGACCGGUAAAUACGUGUUCGACAUCCAUGACGACGAUCGCUACUUCUGCGGAGGCGAUGUCGGCUGGAUCACCGGUCACACCUAUGUGGUGUACGCGCCCUUGUUGCUGGGUGCUGCCACCGUUGUGUUCGAAAGUACCCCCGCCUACCCCAACUUCUCCCGCUACUGGGAUGUGAUCGACAAGUACGAUGUCACCCAGUUCUACGUCGCCCCCACCGCCCUGCGACUGCUGAAGCGCGCUGGUGACGAGCAUAUCCACCACAAGAUGCACAGUCUUCGUAUUCUUGGUUCCGUUGGAGAGCCCAUUGCGGCCGAGGUGUGGAAGUGGUACUUCGAAUCCGUUGGCAAGGAAGAGGCUCACAUUUGCGACACAUAUUGGCAAACCGAGACUGGCUCUAACGUCAUCACACCCCUUGGCGGUAUCACCCCCACCAAGCCCGGCAGUGCCUCGCUUCCUUUCUUCGGUAUCGAGCCCGCGAUCAUCGACCCUGUCUCCGGAGAGGAGAUCCUCGGCAACGAUGUUGAGGGUGUUUUGGCCUUCAAGCAGCCCUGGCCUUCCAUGGCGCGCACCGUCUGGGGUGCCCACAAGCGCUACAUGGACACAUACUUGAAUGUGUACAAGGGUUACUACUUCACCGGAGAUGGUGCCGGCCGUGACCACGAUGGUUACUACUGGAUCCGUGGCCGUGUUGACGAUGUCGUCAAUGUCUCGGGUCACCGUCUGUCCACUGCCGAGAUUGAGGCUGCUCUCCUCGAGCACUCUUCCGUCGCCGAGGCUGCCGUCGUCGGUAUCUCCGACGAGCUCACCGGCCAAGCCGUGAACGCCUUCGUUGCUCUGAAGGAGGGCAACGAGACUACCGAACAGAUUCGCAAGGACCUGACUAUGCAAGUCCGCAAGUCCAUCGGUCCCUUCGCUGCCCCCAAGGCGGUCUUUGUCGUCGAGGAUCUUCCUAAGACCCGCAGUGGCAAGAUCAUGCGCCGCAUUUUGCGGAAGAUUCUCAGCGGCGAGGAAGACAGCCUUGGUGAUACUUCAACGCGCAAGCGCAUCAAUUCGUCCAGAGACGUCCAUCCCAAGAGUCUCGUCCUCGCACAAUCGACAUCUCCAGAAUCACAAUCUACAACACUCGACCUCAAACACAAUAUCUGCAACAGUCCACUGGACAUACAAGGCCUACUUGAUCGAUUCGCAAAAUCUGCUAUAGAAAGCUAUGCGCGCGGAGAUCCUACUGCAGAUCAUCUCAUGACACUCACGAAAGUGAAUGUCUUCAGAGCCUUCGCCCAGAACAUCAAACUAGUCGGCUGGUCUGAGUUCUCGAUGCCUGACGACGCAAUCUCAAAAUUCAAUACUGCACUACCACACGAUCCUCGGACGUCCGAUGAAUUCAGUCGAAUUCCUCCGAAUCUCCAACCGACCCGGAUCCAAAAAUCAAAGCCACAUCACCCAUGGCUGGAUUUCUUCCCGCUCCCUAAAAUGCGCGAUAACCUCAUCGAAGCUGGUGAUGACUGGGACGACGAACAGCUUUGUCAUGAUAUUAUGGGUUUCUGGGGUGAGCCUGCUAUGGAUGCUGGGUUAUUGGUGUGGGGGGAGCCGUGGGAUGUGCGGAAUUGGGAGGUGACGGAGCCGUUUCUCAAGAAAUGGCAGUGGGUCGUGAGAGGGUGUCCGGAGUUAAUGAAUGCGACGAAUAGUUGGCGAGCGAAGCGCGGAGAAAAGCUGAUUUUCCGGUAUAUUUGA